CAGACAGAGACAAGACACAGAUAAUCUGCUGUAAAAAGAAGACUAGAUAUAUGAUGGUGAUCCAUUGGAACUUCCUCCAAAAUUCCAAAUUUAAGACCAGAGAAUUAGUCCAGAGCAUCACCGUGGUGAUUGUGCUUCAGGCUACGGAGUUGCUGACAGAGGUACAUUUCACCUGCCAGUGUAACAGCUGGAGUACCGUGUUUGUCUGGCUGUACUUCGCCAUGCCAGCUGUUGGAUUCAGCACAUUUGUCUGGUCCCUUCAGGAGGGGAAAAUCUUCAGGACAAAAUCCUGUGGCGAAGAUUGCACCUGCAUCAAAUGUUGCACAGCAGGACAGAUGUGCAAAUGUAUUCUGUCCUGCUGGAAGAUGCUGUACCCAGGUCUGUGCUGGAUCGUGAUUCUUCUGAUCGAUGGAAAGUACGCAGCCUGUGCACUGUACAGAGGAUGCCAGGAAGACAGCAGUACAGAGCUCACUGUGAAAGAUCUGGCGUACAACAUUCUCAUAUCCAAGACAAUUGGAUUUGUUGUGCUUGCUGCAAUUGUGCUGUCAUAUCUCAUCUACCUGCUCUUGGGUUCCUGCUGCCAAUCACAUGAGGGUCGGUAUGAGAAGAUAUACAGGGCGCAGCUGAAGAAAGACAGAGAGAAGUUGGCAAUGCAGUACAUAAAGAAGUGCUCGGAGAAGAGAGCAGCUCGGUAUGAGAGAGAGGUGGAGGAGGAGACUAAGGACAUACUGGCAGGUGGAGGUGCCCAAAAGCAUCCGAAUCUCAAUGAGUCAGGACGGCCGAACGCCGUCGUUAAAAACCCCAAAGCCUCACGCCAGGACGCUCCGUGCCACUCCCUGGUGCUGUAA